AUGGUUAAUAUUGAAUCAACGUCCAAUGCCAUCUGGUGGAUUAAAAAACCAAACAAGGCUGCCAAGAAGGGCAAGGGUAAGGGCGGAAUGAUGGCGGGUUGGCGCAAGAAAUCGCUCGGCUCCAGCUUUUGUCUGGAUAUGACAGAUUUACUGCGCAAUAUAUCCUUACAGGGAUACAACAAACUAUUGGCAGCGGACUUAACAUGGGGGGAAAGAUUAAUUUGGCUGCUGCUGCACACGACCACGUUUAUCACAUUGCUAGUGGUGCUCUCCCUCACCUGGGAGCAAUUUGUUGCCCAAUACUUUGUCACGAACCUCAAGGAUCCACUUUAUCCCGUUGAAAAUGUGCCAUUUCCGGCUGUGUCAAUAUGCUCCAACAAUCGGAUUUCCAUGCAGGCGGCCACCAAAUAUGCUCGGGAAUUAGAGCUCAAUGAUCCAUCUCCACGUACUUUAUCGUAUUAUCUUGAACAUUUGAGAUAUCUCCGUGAUUUCUAUUCAAGUGUUGAUAGAUCCGUGGACAGCGAGAGUUUUGUGUCGUUUCAAAGUUUUUUGGAUUUGUUUGGAACUUGGAAUAAUGAAACCUUCUUUGAUACGCGGCGCAUAAUGAAAUUGCUGUCGCCCAAGUGUCAAGAUUUCAUUUUGAAAUGUAGCCUAUCCAAUGUGGAUAUCCCAUGUUUCAGUCAAGAUGCUUUCGAAAAUAGUUUAACCAUGUACGGACCCUGUUGCACUUUCAAUGUGGGAAAUAAACUCAAAAAACGAAGUUUCAAAAAUCGCAUGGCCAGUUCAGCAAUGGGUUUGACUGUGGUUUUAAAUGCCAGCAAAGCGGAUUACUUUGCACCGAUUUUAAAUACAAAUGGUUAUAUUGUUAUAGUGCAUAAUGCUGAUAAUUAUGCAUCGGUAUCAUCGUCGAAUGCUUUGGAAAUGUUUCCAGGGCAAUAUGAGGAGAGUUUCCUGCAAAUAUAUGCCCGUGUGGUUGACACCGAUUCGAGUUUGAAUUCGUUUUCACCUUUUAAUAGACGAUGCUAUUUCGAUCAUGAAGCUACAGUGCCCAGCAAUGAGCAGUUAAUGAAAUCAAUUUACACUUUUCCUAAUUGCAUAACAAGAUGCCGCAUACGGAGCAUCAUUGCCCUCUGUCGUUGCCUGCCCUUUCAAAUGCCCCUGGAACUGGUUGAGACUCUGGAUGGUGUUGUCUAUUGUACACUUAGUCACAUACCGUGCAUCAAUCAGUAUCUAUUCAAGUGGCGGAAUGUGCUGACAGAGCGACACAUCAUUCCGGGCUUGGAACGGGAAAUCGAGGAAGCUUUGUACUGUCCACAAUGUUUGCCUUCUUGCAAUGAUGUACAAUAUUCGGUUUCGUUAAGUGCCCUGCCCAUUGACAAUUAUCUGGCUACUCUUAAAUCGGAAUCCACAAAUGAAACUGGAAUCGAAACCGAAACGGAUAUCAAUAAGGACAUUUCGGUUUUGAGAGUUUUCUUUGGAGAACCUCAUGCUCAAUAUUACAUAAGGUUGCUAAAUAACGCUUGGUUCGAAGUUUUCAGUACCAUUGGCAAUAUAAUGUCAAUUUUUGUUGGUUUCUCUAUGGUUGCCAUAUUUGAGAUUGUUUUCUUUUUGUCCAAAUACAUUUACAUGGGCUGCAAUCGCAUGGUGGAGCAGAAUCUAAUCGAUAGAAGAGUAAAACAAUUGGAGGAUCAAAAAUUAUAUAUCUGUCCGUAG